GGAGUGACCAAUGGGAGCCGGCUGUCUGAGAAUUCGAAGUUGCAGGCGGCUGGGGAAGAGCAGAGCGUCAGUUGCUUCUGGAGGCAGCCGAGGAGGAAGGAGCUCUGGGCUGGGAAGGGUCUCUCCUCCUCCUCACAGAUUAAGCUGGUAAUAACAAGAAGCUAAGGUUUUGUAUCCAGUAUGGAUAUGACAGGAAAUUUCUUCAACAAACUGCGCACUUUAGCUCUUACUUUGGAGAAACAGACAAAGAAGCUUAAGGAAGCUUUUCGUGGUAAUGAAACAGAAUUUGAAGAUGAUUCUCCAAUGAGAUACUUGCAUGAACUGUGCUCUGACGUCAGGAUAUUAAAGGGUGAUGUUGAUGAUACACUUUGCAAGAGUUCUUCGGAAAGAGAUAGGAUGUAUGACUUUAUAAAAGCCAGUAAAGUUCUGAUGAAAAGAAAUGCAACAGAUCUUGAAGAAAUAAGAGAGCUGUUCCAGAAAUAUGGUUACAAACCAGUUGCCAAGGACACAGCUAUAAACAAUGAAAUGGAAAUCAGCCCUACAUCUUCUACGUUUGAAAACAAUGAGUCAAAAGACCCUGAUAGUUCUGGGAAAUCCUCUGGUCCUUUUAGUCCAGUGCAAAUGCCGCAGCUUUCAGAUUUUGGACUUUCAAAAUAUGCUCUACCAAGUACUUCAGCCGUAAUACACAGUCAACUCCAAGUACACGUACCAAAAGCAGAGCCAAGGAGGGACAAUUCUGAGUGUAUAUCACCCAAGACAGAAAACUUCCAUAUCCAUGGGCGUAACUUGUAUUUGAAUGAUGAAACCAUAAGUUUAAUGGAAGAUCAAACAAUCUUUCUACUUAACAAUGCAAAAAAUAUUAGGCAAGCAAAUAAACUAAGUGGAUCAGCAGAGAUAUCAGCACCAAACGUGAGCCUGGCUAUAUCUAAGCAGACAACCAAAUUGUGUGAUGAUGAUUAUAUGGCUUCACCUGUUGCACCCACAUUCUGCACACCUGGUGUGAAAAUUCCCCACAGGAAGACUACAAUUGUACAAAAAUCCCCCCAAAGUAACCCUUUGGGUGAAUCUAAUCAUACAUCAGGAAAGCCUCUACCAGAUUCACAGUCUCUCCAAACAGAACCUAAUUAUGUAUGUACUACUACAGUGGUGUUAAACAAUGAUCUUGCAAAAGGCGCUGAUGUCCCUGAUCUGUACUCAGAUGAACAUCUAGAAUGUGACGAAGAGCCUUGUCCUCCAGCAAUAUCAGACUACAGUAACCUGUUCAGUACUCCUCCUCCACCUCCUGAAAUAACUGUGAUCCCAAAGCAGAUUUUUCAGAUCCUAUCAAAGUACAAUCCAAAGAUAGCAGCACCCAGAUCUCUAGAAACUAAGGAAGAAAUUGCUACACAGGUUGAAAGAUCACCUGUUUUUGGCAUUGAGAACAAGGAAAAUUGGAAGUAUACUGGAUGAACGUAUUAUGAAGUCUGAGUUACUUUGAUUGGGACUGGUACUUCCAAAACUGUAUUUGAGAGUUUGAAACAUUUAAUAGGCAAAGAGCACUACCUGGAAAAUGCCUGAUUGUGACAGCUACUUUUUAAGCAAUUCAAAUAAUAAGUUUAACAAAUUAUUUUCUAACUACUAUCGUAUGCUAAUAUUGAAUAAAGAAUAUCAGUAUGACUAAA